AUAGGGCCUAAAGCCUCCCCAAGUGGGGUUGUGGUUGACAAGGAAGCCAGGUAGCUUCUGAAGAUCAUGGAGUGUCAGAGGAGGUGGAUAUGGUUCUCUUCAGCCUGGCUUCUUAUUCUGGGGGUAUUUGCUUCAAGAGAAACUGAGGCAGCUCACCACAAGCAUGUGGGUCAGUUCACUGCAGUGGGCUCACCCAACUCUGUCUUGGAACUAAGUGCAAUUAACUUCAUUGAUGAUAUUGAGCUGGGAUACUAUAGAAACAUAAACCAACAAAGGAUUAUCAAGAUACCCUGGGUCAUCAAAGUAGUGGGAAUCGAUUACAUUACCCAGAUGCAUAAACUAUUGGUGGACCAUGAGCAAACUCUCCACUGGAUGAUGUACCACUUGGGAAAGAAUGAUACUAACCGUAACAGAAACCACACCGGGCAGCUCCUUGCAGACUGUGAAAUAGACAAUGACAUCAAGAUAAAGAGCCACAUCCAUUUAAUUUGGAAUGGAGAGGAGUAUUGCAGGAUAGAUGAAGAAAUUGGGCACUGGGAGUACUUAAAGCCUGAAGGCAAGAAAUUCCAGGGUGUUCUGGAGAGUCCCCUCUGGACCAAUCUAAGGAAACACUACAUGAAUGAAUAUUGUGUUGACCUGAUGAGGAAAAUCGUUGGGUACAAAAACUUAAAAGAUAAUGUGCCCCCUGAGGUGACCGUGUCUCGCCAUGUCAACCCAAAAGGCAGCACCAUUCUCUCCUGCACAGCCACAGGCUUCUACCCUCGUUCCAUCCUGCUGCAUUGGGAGAAGGAUGGAAAGCUGGGUGUGUGGGGGAAGGAGACUUCCAGUGGCACCCUGCCCAAUAUGGAUAACACCUUCUACCUCCAAGUUACCUUAGAGCUCCCACCAGAGGACUCAGGGAUGAGUUAUACCUGUGUGGUGGAACACAUUGAGCUGAAGACCCCUGCUGUCUAUCCAGUCCCUGAAAAACCCACAAGGGAGAAGCCUUGGGCCCUGGCUCUGGGCAUUGUAUUGGCUGUCAUCCUACUGCUGAGCUGCACUGGGGCCUUCAGAGCAUGGAAGAAGAGGAAGUCAGCGUAUGCAACAUACCCAGUCUCAGCUUCAUAAAUCUGUCUGGGAACCUCCGCCUACUCCAACUUCUGACCACCUCCACCACUUCCAGCCUGGGGACUCUGUCCUAGUCCGAAAGCAUUCAGCCUCUGGUCUCGAGCCUAAGUGGAAGGACCCAUAAACUGUCAUCCUGACCACCCCAUCUGCAAUCAAGGUUAACUCCAUUCCUGUCUGGCUCCAAGAUCUUAUUAUAUUCUGCCUGUUGCUCUGCCUUUUAAAGAUAGAUUUUUUGAUCUGGUUGGGCCAUUGGUUUUAUUUAUAAUCAUCCAAUGGCAUUAGCUGUCCCUCCUGGCUUUGAGUCAUCUCUAAAUUUGAUAAACAG